AUGGUGGACACUGCAUUGAAGCAUCGAGCUGAGUUUGCCUUUGCUCAGCUUGAGAACGAGAGAUCUCUGACAUCUCUUCGUGACGAGCUAAGGGUAGCUCGUGGGAUUGUUGAUCGGUCUCGGGCUGAGAUAACUGCUCUUCAGACCCUUGUUGAUGCCCACCAUCGGGAGCACAAGGCUCUCUGCGAGAUGCUUGAGCGCAAGGGCGUUCUUCAUCGGAAGAAGCAGCGUACUGAUGGUACGGCUUAA